GAGAGAGAGAGAGAGAGGUGGAGGCCAACCGGGGAUAUCUUGAUAAACCAGACAACACCCAUUGCGACUCACAGAGUGUGUGGUUUGCUCACAGAGCGCCAGAGAAGGCGCACAUUACCAUGUUAGCGCCGGAACAGGAUGGCGUUGAGCGCGUGUUCAGUCGUAUCGGUGUGAUUGAUUGUUGUGUCACAAUGAAGGUGGUUUCUAAGCGCUGGUGGUAGCGGUGGGGCUGCGCGCAGGGUGGCGGCUGUAGCUGGUGUGAGCGGCGCUAAUGUGGACUCGCACGUGUGGAUGUAGCUGAUUGGAGUCGGUGCUGAUCGCGCAGGGGGAGGAGGGCAGUUUCGGGAGUAGGGUGUUUUUUUCCUCUCGCUCUCUCUGUGUGCGUGUGUGUGCGUGUGUGUGAGAGUGUGUGUGACUCUCCAGCGGCCAUGUUAACCAAGAAACCCUGUGCUGCCGUCUACCCGACUGGUAAAGGGGGUGAGCUGUGCACAGGGGCUGUCCGGUCUGGAGCAGGGAGCGAGCCGCCAUCACCAGUCACACUGCCGCCUCUCAGGAACGGCAACUCGCUCACGGUUGGAGGCAAUAAGAACAUGAUGAAUGACCAUCUGCAUGUCGGAAACCACCAGCAGAUCCAUGUUCAGCAGCUGUUUGAGGAAAACAGCAAUAAACGGACAGUGUUGACUACACAGCCAAAUGGAUUGACGCCAGUAGGCCGAACAGGUUUGCCCGUGCCGGAGAGGCAACAAGAAAGCAGCCAGUGUAGGGAGGGCAGUUCUGCCUCCACCAAAUCCACUGAAAGCAAGCCCAAGGUAGUCCCUCUUUCUCCAGAGCAGGCCAUGAAACAUUACCUGUCCAAACUGACAACAUUUGAACACCAAGAGAUUUUGAACUACCCUGAAAUAUACUUUGUUGGACCAAAUGCUAAGAAACGGCCAGGUGUGGUUGGGGGCUCAAAUAAUGGUGGCUACGAUGAUGAUCAGAGCUCUUACAUCCAUGUACCCCAUGACCAUAUAGCCUACCGGUAUGAGGUUUUAAAGGUCAUUGGUAAAGGCAGUUUUGGACAAGUAGUGAAGGCCUAUGAUCACAAGGCCCACCAGAAUGUGGCCUUAAAAAUGGUGCGCAACGAGAAGCGGUUUCACCGACAAGCAGCCGAGGAGAUUCGGAUCCUUGAACACUUGCGCAAGCAGGACAAAGACUGUACCAUGAAUGUCAUCCACAUGCUGGAACACUUCACAUUCCGCAACCACAUCUGCAUGACGUUCGAGUUACUUAGCAUGAACCUAUACGAGCUCAUAAAGAAAAACAAGUUUCAGGGCUUCAGCUUGCCACUGGUGCGCAAGUUUGCGCACUCGAUCUUGCAGUGUCUGGACUUCUUGCACAAAAACAGGAUCAUUCAUUGUGAUCUCAAACCCGAGAACAUCCUCUUGAAGCAGCAGGGACGCAGCGGGAUAAAAGUGAUCGACUUCGGAUCCAGCUGCUUUGAACACCAGCGGGUCUAUACUUACAUCCAGUCACGCUUUUACAGGGCACCAGAGGUCAUUCUGGGCUCUCGCUAUGGGAUGCCAAUUGACAUGUGGAGCCUGGGUUGUAUUUUAGCGGAAUUACUAACAGGGUACCCUCUCUUGCCUGGGGAAGAUGAAGGGGACCAACUAGCUUGUGUCAUAGAGCUACUGGGCAUGCCCUCCCAGAAGCUUUUGGAUUCAUCUAAGAGAGCCAAAAAUUUUGUCAGCUCAAAGGGAUAUCCUCGUUACUGCACAGUCACUACCUUACCUGAUGGCACGGUAGCACUAAAUGGUGGACGGUCACGUAGGGGCAAGCUUCGAGGUCCACCAGGAAGCAAGGAUUGGGUAACGGCGCUUAAGGGCUGCGAUGACCCCCUCUUUUUGGACUUCCUCAAGCAGUGUCUGGAGUGGGACCCAGCUUUGCGCAUGACUCCAAGUCAGGCCUUGCGCCACCCGUGGCUGAGAAGACGCUUGCCAAAACCUCCCACUGGGGAGAAAACUACCGUUAAGAGAAUCACUGAGGGCACAGGUGCUAUAACCUCUAUCUCCAAAUUACCUCCCACAUCAAGUUCAGCCUCAAAACUAAGGACUAACUUGGCACAAAUGACUGAUGCCAAUGGGAAUAUACAGCAGAGGACAGUGUUGCCAAAAUUAGUUAGCUGAAUAUAACAUUUUUGUUUGGUUCUUUGUUUUGUUUCGAUAAAAUGUUGAUAUUUAUGUGGACAGGUGAGCAUCCACAAGUGUGAAAGGUUUUAGGAAUAUAGGAGUCUUUAAUUCAUCAGUUAUUUACAGCGUUGUAGCACCUUUUUUGUUUUGUUCAAAACACUUUUUUUUAGAAAUACUAAAAUGGCCAAGAAAGAGGGAACAGUGCUUUUAAGUUUUUAUUUCAGGACUGUGUGGAACGCUACAGAAACCAUUCAUGCAAUUUGGCCUAAUACUAACGAAGUCCUAAUCACUUUCUUCACUUCUAUCUUGUAGCUUAAAAGUAAAGGCAAUGAAGUUAAUAGAGCUUUUAAUUGUGUGUACUUGCUAGUGUUUAGCUCGCUACCUCUAUAAUCGGUUCGAACAACACCAUGCUGAUGAAGGAGAAUUUUACUCGCAUUUCUAAAUAGCUAUCUGCAUUGGUCGUGUAAGGCUCUCGAUAUGCAUGACAGAAAUUGUGAACAAGAAGGUAAGAGGAGAUACAGAAAAUGUUCGAAGAACUCAGUGAAAGCAAAACGAAUGUUUUAGACUGCUUCGAGGUAGAAGGGAGAAAAACUAUGUUUACAUGACAGACUUGGUAUGUGCCUAUAAUCUCUUGACAUUCCUUAUAAAAUUGACUCAAGGAAAAGAGAGAGUGCAGGGUAGUGUAACUUUAUAAAUAAACUUCUGGCAAGUUCAAAUCCAUUUUUUUCUUUGACUGAGUAGAAUCUGUUCUCAGCAGUACUUCGACAGGCUCGUGUAUUUAACUAUAAGCUAUUCUCUGCAAGAACUGCUGGGAACAAAAUGCUGUACUGUCUAGCUGAAAAACUUUGGUGCUUUUACCUUUUUUAUAUAAAAGGUUUUUUUUCAAUUAUUUAAAACCUAUGCUCAUGGAACAAAAUAGUGUUUAGAAACUAAUCCUAAUUAAUAAAUAGGACUAGGAGGCUUUUUUUAGCAGCUGAUUCUCCCUUCUAAGGACUGUAGUUUUCGCAGUGAUUUGAAAAGGAUUGAGCUAAUUAUUUAUCGACAGGACUACUUGAAACUGAGCCAGUAUUAACGCUAUCAUUGAAAGACUAUGGCAGAGAGGGGCACUUUAACUGAGAGGCUCAUCACAAAACCCCGGCUGUUGUUUGUAAUCAGAGAUCACCGUCCCAAAUUCAUAUCGCAUUUUCUUUAUUUAGUUUUUAGCAUGGACUCGCUAGUAUGUGGCCAGAGCUUAAACUCUUAAAAGCUUGUUCCCUUUUUAAAAUGAAAUUGCAUGUCAUUACUCAAACACAGAAAAAUACGUUUUUAGUGGAAAACUAUUUCACAAACUGGCCAUUUUUGUAGCAUUUUUGAUGUAGGAAAAAUAUCUGACAAGGGUCUGAAAGCUUUGUAAAAUUUUAAUUUAUUUAUUUCUUAAUAUUGGUUGAUUUUUAUUAUUUCUUAAAAAGAGCUAAUAUAAAAAAAAAGAAACAGUGGGCAGAAUGUGUGUUUUUUUUUUUUUUUGGCUCAAUAUCAGUGGAGUGAAUUACAAUGUAAUGCACAAGGACUCUGUCUGGAAACAAAACACUCUUUCCCGGAUGCGAAUGUAGUGGUGGGGAGAAAAAGGGGUUGGACCAAGGGCUGCUAAGUGGCAAAGCAAAGCUGUGGCAUUUAUGUGGGUUUUAAUGCCCCUGCUACUGGUUGGCAUGGUACACAGUCUUCUGCACACACACUGCCCAGUCCCCCUCUGGAUGCCUACAGUACAUUCGCGAAUGCACAAUAAUCUGCCGACAUCAGCAGGCAGUUCACGUUGUACUUUACUUGGGUUUAUUUUUUUUGCAGUUUUGUGGAUUAACAGUGGUGGGGAAUAAUUGUGCCCUUAGGUUUAAUACAAUGUGCCUUUGAUUAUCAAUGCCAUUCACUUGUGUCCAACAGUGACACACCCAACCCAUUCAUUUGUUGUUAGGUUCACCGACGCGUAGGCAAUUACAAAGAUCCUCUUUAUAACGGUGAUCACCUUGCCUCGUCUGAGCAUUGCCCAAAGAUCCUCCUGCAACCCUUCAGUGGGUUCCAGAUAGAAAGCGGCUGCAUAAAUGAAAUGUUUUAUAUGCAGUUUGGACACACAAUUCGAGUUAAGAACUCAGAGACCCAUUGCCAACAGGGAGAUCUCACCAACUCAAACCUAUACCUAUUACGUUUAGUGCAAAAUGGGUCUUUUCUACAGCAUCCAUCUUGUCUUAACAAACUCAAGGGGUUACAUUUGCUUCAUUGUAUUACUCUAGAAAUGACACAUCUUACUUACCUCAGACUGUUCUUGUAAUAUUCUUGUAAUUUAUUAGCCCAGGGCAUUUGGUAUAUACCAAAGUGCAUUCCUUUCUAUGUUUGUGGCUAGGAGGGAAAAAAAAGCCAGAGUUUCUCAGAUUUUUUAUUUUAAACUGAGAAAGAAGAGGCUAAUUUUGCUCGUCGAGGGCGAUAUCUCUAUUAAAUGCUUAUCUCCAAGAGAGGUAAAAAAUGGAUGCUUGUGAAAUGUUUGAGCGAUGCACUAUGCCUCUAAACGUCAUUAACAAUACACUGUUGGAUUUGUCUUGAAUGUGGUGAAUAUCACUGCCACAAAAAAGUCAAUAUUCAACCCUGACUGCAAUACAACAGUUGUGUGAUUGGGGCAGAUCGAAGCAAACGGCUGAGUGUUAUCUUUUGAAAGGUUGUACCUUUUUACUGCUUUCUAGCAAAAUGUUAUCCCAGGAACUCAAAUCUAUCUCUCUAUAUAUCCACUGUCAACUCUGGUCAGUUCUUUUUUUAAAUGAAUCUUUAAAUAAGGAACAAAGAUGACAUUCAUUUGUAUCUAACCAUAGAAGCGUACUGUACAUAUAUGAACUUUACUAAGAAUUCAACGUGAAUGUGUACAUAUGUAAAAUGUUUUCCCUUUUUUUUUUUGUCAAAUGCUGCUGAUAACACUACAUCGAGCCAUGUAGUGGAUUUUAAUCUUGGCGGCCAGUUUUAUGAUACUGUAUGUAUUGUACAGCUAAUGAAAGUCAUUUUUUUUUCUAGUGAUCAUUCGUUAAAUUUUAUUGUUGUGGCCAGAAAUAAUUAAUAAUAAAAGUUUUAAUGUUGAUCUUUACAAAAA